UGACGUUAUGGGACGCGAACCGGAGCGACUGUUCCAGCGGAAUUGAAAAGGAAGUCAUGAGAAAAAGAAUCCAUUUUCCCUCCACUUUUUCCCUUCAAACCCUAGAAUUUCAUCUCUGUGCUUAUGAACUGUAUGCGAAGAUGUGUUCCUGAAAGAAAGAUUCUGAAGGAACUAAGCUUACAUCGAGCUCAAGUAUGGGUGUAAAAGGCUUGCAUUGGUUUGUGACCAACGCCUGUCCAGGUGUGUGUGUGGUAGUAAAUCUGAAAGAAAUGGCAGAAAAUCACCACAGCAUUCAUCCUGGAUCUCCUCCUGUCAUUGUGGUAGAUGCCAUGUCCUGUCUUCGACAUUGGUACACACCACAAUCCUGGGUGUGUGGUGGCCAGUGGCGAGAAUAUAUUUCUAGCCUGGAUAAGUUCAUAAAUACCUUUACUGCAGCAGGUAUCAGGCUGGUGUUCUACUUUGAUGGACUGGUGGAACAGAAGAAACGAGAUGAGUGGGUAAAACGGAGACUGAGAAAUAACAGAGAAAUAGCCAAGAUCUUCCAGUUCAUCAAGUCUAAUAAGCAGCAGCCUGGGAGACAAAUGUUCUUCAUUCCAUCUGCUUUGGCUACUUUUACACGCUUUGCCUUGAAGUCCCUUGGUCAAGAGGUCAUAUGUUCAUUGCAAGAGGCAGACUAUGAAGUGGCUGCUUAUGGACUCCGUAACAAUUGCUUGGGGAUUCUUGGAGAAGAUACAGACUACUUAAUUUAUGACACAUCCCCAUAUUUUUCCAUUAAUAAACUGUGUUUGGAUAGCCUGGAAACAGUUAUGAUCUCAAGGCAAAAUCUCUGCAGCAGGUUGGGAUUACAUAUAACAGACCUUCCACUCUUUGCCUGUCUCCUUGGAACAGAUGUCAUUCCUGACAAUGCUAUGGAAGGUUUCCGAAAUCGGUGUGUAGCUUCAUUCUGUUCUCAAAGCCGUAGCUAUGAUAAAAGGACUAAUACAGUUCUGGCUGUAGCAAAUUAUAUUUCCACAAUUCAGCGUACAUAUAAUAGUGUGAUGGUUUUGGAAGAAAUGUUACCUUUGGGAUCAGACAAGGCUAUACUUGCCAAAGGAAUAGAGUCUUAUAUUCUGCCCGGGCAGCAGUCUCCAUGGCUCCCUUGUGACUUUUCAUAUUCUCCAGAAGCAUCAGCCAAUCAAGAUAUACCUUUGUUUCUAGAUCAAGAGAUCUUUCAGAUAGCCAAAGAACAACAUGUGCAAAAUGAAAGCUAUAUGGUAUAUAAUGUCCUGAGUAGCGGAGAGGUUGACUGCAGCAACACACUGGAAGAUGAAUGUGAUACUGAACUCCCUGGACAGGCGUGUAUCUACUACUGUGCUCGUCAGCAUAUCUAUUCUGUCCUGCUGGAAUCUGGAAAAGAUUCCCAUGGGGCUUAUCCUGUAGUGAAGGAGUGGUUUGUGUGUGCUGGAAAUUCCCUUCAGCAGCCAGAUCUGGUGCAGCCCAAACAACUUCCAGGUGGAACUCCUAGUCUGAGAAUACUUUGGCUUAGCAAGGGACCAGAGGCUGAAAAGCGACGCUGUUGCACAUUUCUGGCAUGUUUUCAGCUUCAAGAUGUAACAGAGGAGCUCCAGGCUCUGGAAGCUUCUGCUGCUGCUGUCUGUUCCUUGUUGAUGUACCUUGCUCUUCAGGUGGACAGCCUCUCUGUGGAAGAUUUGAACGCAUUUGUAGCUCAGGCUGUAUGCCUUGAGGGGAAGUCAGCUGCUCAGCUUGCAGACUUGCAGCUUGCACAUAUUGAUUCGAGAGCUGUACAGCUUGGUUCUCUUUUCGUCCGUGGCCUGGCCACAUUGAUUAUGGGGAAUGGUGCUUGUGGUUUCCCCUUCAGAAUGGACAAUUUAAUGCCAUGGCAUGUAUUUGAUGGAAAACUCUUUCAAGAGAAAUAUCACCUGGCUCACAGAGGACAGCCUUUACAUGAGCUUUUGGAAGGCAAUGAAUCUUGGCUUUCAAAGUUUCAGAAUUUGAUGUCCCUUAUUUGCAAAGUAUGCUCAGAAAAAGGUAGAAAAAUCCAGAGCAGACGACGAGAGAACAGUUUUGUGCCAGCAUCAAGAGGAAUAAAUUAUUUUUCAGAGAGAAGAGAAAGAAGAGGGGCUUCUCGCUUUCAGAUCUCAGAUAGGAUUCCUUCUCAACCAUAUCAUCAUCCAAACCAGGGAUGCCCAUGGAGAGGACCUCCAACGCCUCCUUAUUCAUAUGAAUUCCGUAUUCCUGGUCCUGGAUAUAGGUCACGACGCUUCAACGUCCGGAAAAUGGACAAAAGACUCCAGUUUGCCUCUCGAUGGCCCAGAUAACUUUCUACCUGAAUGGAAUUAACCAGAAAA